UCAUAUCUUUCUCUCUCCUCUCUCUCUCUUCUUCGCCCUUUUCACCGAACCCUAACUUUCCCCUUUCCAAACCCUAAUUCCGAACACACUAAAAGUCUCACUUCGAAAUCGAAAACUUCAGCCUACAUUGAAUUCAUAUCUACGAUUAUUUUGAUUAUACGAUGAAUACUCAGCCGAACAAUCUCUACGAUACGGCGUCGCAGCCGGACACCGGGAACGAUGCAUACACAUUCCUCGAAUUCAACACGCAAGGCGAAGAGUUCGAUUAUCCUGAAUUUCAAGAGCUUUCACAGCCAAUUCGAUCGUCAGCGUGGCCUACGCCGUCGGAUUCUCUGGUUUCCGAAGCACCCGAUCGGCCUCCGUCUUCUGACGCCUCUCCGUCCAAAAAAACCCGCGGUGGAAGCGGCGGAAAUGUCUCUGGUGGAGGCGGGAACGGAAAUGUUAUUGGUAGUAGUAGUAAUAAUCAGGCGGCAUCGGUGGUGGUGGAUGCGUUGGCGGCGGGGAUGAGCGGAUUGAAUUUUGAGGAGACGGUGGAUGAUGAGGGUUUUGAGUACGGAAAGGGGGAUUUUGGUGUUGAGCAUGCUUGUAAGUACUGUGGAGUGACGAAUCCUGCUUGUGUAGUUAGGUGCAAUGUGCCGUCUUGCCGUAAGUGGUUUUGUAAUUCAAGGGGGAAUACUUCGGGCUCACAUAUUGUUAAUCACCUGGUGCGAGCAAAACACAAGGAGGUGUGCCUUCAUAAAGAUAGUCCACUUGGAGAAACGAUUCUAGAGUGCUACAAUUGUGGAUGCCGAAAUGUCUUUCUUCUUGGUUUCAUUUCUGCUAAGGCAGAGAGUGUUGUUGUUCUCCUCUGUAGGGAACCUUGUCUUAGUGUUAAUGCAUUGAAGGAUAUGAACUGGGACCUAAGCCAGUGGUGCCCGCUCAUUGAUGACAGGUGCUUUUUGCAGUGGCUUGUUAAGGUCCCCUCUGAGCAAGAACAGUUGAGGGCGCGCCAGAUCAGCGCUCAACAAAUCAACAAAGUAGAAGAAUUGUGGAAGACUAAUCCAGAUGCUACCCUGGAAGAUCUUGAGAAGCCUGGUGUAGAUGAUGAGCCUCAGCCCGUUGCCUUGAAGUAUGAAGAUGCCUAUCAGUAUCAAAACAUAUUUGCACCAUUGAUCAAGCUCGAAGCUGACUACGAUAAGAUGAUGAAAGAGUCUCAGAGUAAAGACAAUCUUACUAUUCGAUGGGAUAUUGGUCUCAACAAGAAACGCGUUGCGUACUUUGUCUUCCCUAAGGAAGAUAAUGAGUUGCGUCUUGUACCUGGUGAUGAGCUAAGGCUGCGAUAUUCAGGGGAUGCAGCACAUCCAGCUUGGCAAUCCGUGGGGCACGUGGUAAAAUUAACUGCUCAAGAGGAGGUUGCGCUUGAACUUCGUGUCAGCCAGGGGGUUCCUGUCGAUGUGACCCAUGGGCUUAGUGUUGACUUUGUUUGGAAAAGUACGAGCUUUGAUCGGAUGCAGAGUGCGAUGAAAACCUUUGCAGUGGAUGAGACUAGUGUCAGUGGAUAUAUUUACCAUCACCUGUUAGGUCAUGAAGUUGAGAUGCAGAUGGUCCGCAAUGCACUUCCUCGCCGUUUUGGUGCCCCUGGUCUUCCAGAGCUUAAUGCAUCUCAGGUUUUUGCUGUAAAAAGUGUUCUUCAAAAGCCCAUCAGUUUAAUUCAAGGUCCACCUGGAACGGGAAAAACUGUCACCUCUGCCGCCAUUGUGUAUCAUAUGGCCAAACAAGGCCAAGGACAGGUUUUGGUCUGUGCCCCCAGUAAUGUUGCUGUGGAUCAAUUAGCAGAGAAGAUAAGUGCUACUGGUCUGAAGGUGGUCAGGCUCUGUGCCAAGUCAAGGGAAGCUGUCAGUUCUCCUGUCGAGCAU